GCCAUGUCGGUGAGGUUGCGGUUCCUGUCUCCUGGGGACGCAGGGGCCAUGGGGGCCGUGGGGGCCGUGGGCCGCAGCGCCUCCUUUGCUGGCUUCAGCAACACACAGAGUCGAAGGAUCUCAAAGUCCAUCAACAGGAACUCCGUGAGGUCGCGGGUACCUGGAAAAUGUCCCAAGUCAUAUGGCACACUGCGCAAGGGCCCAGCCUUCCUGGACCCCAAGCCCGAGCAGGUGAAGAAAAUCUUCGAAGCGCUGAAGAGAGGCCUCAGGGAGCACCUGUGCGUGCAGCAGGCAGAGCUGGCCUACCUAUGUGGAUGUCACCCGGAUGCCCGGAGGAACUCCAGGCUGGCUUUCUAUUACGACCUAGACAAGCAAACGCGCUCAGUGGAAAGGCACAUUCGGAAGGUGGAGUUCUGCAUCAGCAAGGUGGACGAGCUCUACGAGGGCUACUGCAUCCAGUGGCGGCUGCGCGAUGGCGCCUCCAACAUGCAGCGGGCCUUCUCCAGCUGCCCGCCGAGCCGCGCCUCCCGUGACAGCCUGCAGGAGCUGGGCCGCAGCCUGCACGAAUGCACCGAGGACAUGUGGCUCAUCGAGGGGGCCCUGGAGGUCCACCUGGGCGAGUUCCACGUCAGGAUGAAAGGCUUGGUGGGCUACGCACGCCUCUGUCCUGGAGACCAGUAUGAGGUGGUCAUACGCCUGGGUCGCCAGCGCUGGAGGCUGAAGGGCCGGAUCGAGUCGGAUGACAGCCAGAUCUGGGACGAGGAGGAGAAGGCCUUUGUGCCCAUGCUGCAUGAGAACCUGGAGAUCAAGGUGACAGAGCUGCGGGGCCUGAGCUCACUGGCGGUGGGUGCUGUGACGUGCGACAUCGCCGACUUCUUCACAACGCGGCCGCAGGUCAUUGUUGUGGACAUCACGGAGCUGGGCACCGUGAAGCUGCAGCUGGAGGUGCUGUGGAACCCCUUCGAUUCUGAGAGCCUCCUGAUGUCCCCCAGCCCCACGGGCAAGAUAUCUAUGGGCAGCAGGAAGGGCUCCUUAUACAGCUGGACACCCCCAAGCACCCCCAGCUUCCGGGAGAGAUACUACAUGUCUGUCCUGCAGCAGCCACCGCAGCAGGCACUGCCAGCUGGGCGGAGGACCACCUCCAUCCUCAGCUACUUGUCCAGCAGUGACCUCCAGGGCCCUGACCUGCACAGCCGGAGUCAGGAGCUGCCGGAGAUGGACUCCUUCAGCUCAGAGGACCCCCGAGACACAGAGACCAGCACGUCGGCGUCCACCUCAGACGUGGGCUUCCUGCCCUUGGCUGUGGGCUCCACUGCUUCCAUUGAAGAGGAGGCCCGGGAGGACCCCCCGCCCCUGGGCCUGCUGCCAGAGAUGACCCUCCUGGCGGGGGGGCCUGUCAUGGAACGGCCUGGCUGGAGGGACUUGGGGGUGGAGAGCCCUGCCCUGCCGCGGGGCCCUGUGUUCCACAACUGCACCAUCCCACGGAGUCAGAAGGGCCAGGAGGAAGGCGAAGGUGGGGACGGAGCGGAGUGGCCCUCCAGGGGCCCUGAGAGGCCCCUGCAGGAGGUCCUGGAACUGCUGAGGUCCCUGGGCCCAGCUCAGCCUCAGCUCCGGGAGCUGGAGAACCAGGUCCUCGGCUUCAGGGACCGGCUGAAGCCCCGUGGAGUGAGGAGGGUGCGUGCGUCCACCCAGAGCCUCAUGGACUGCAUCCUGGAGAGCUUCGCCUUCCUCCACGCGGACCUCGCCUCUGAGGACCUGUCCCUGUUCUCGGACUCCCAGGGUCCCCGAAAGGACCUGACCCCUCUGACGUCACUGAAUGUGUCACCAGGGGAGCUCACAGCCGGCACCCCAGAGCUGGAUGUGCUGCUUACUGUCCACCUCCAAGUCUGCAAGGCCCUGCUACAGAAACUGGCCUCCCCCAACCUGCCGACGAUGGUCCUGGACUGCCUUCUCGAAGAGGCAGCACAGCAGAAGCAGGUUCUGGAGGUGCUUUCUGACCUUGACUUUGAGAAGGUCAGCAGGGCCACAUCCAUUGAAGAAAUCAUCCCGCAGGCCUGGUGCCGGAAGGGCGGACUGCCACUGUGGCAGGGCUGCACACAGUCGGGUGGCAUGUUGUCGUGCUCUGCCACCACACUCCUGAGCCAGCUCAAGAAGAUGUUUCUGCACCGAGUGCGAGGGAAGUACCCAGGCCAGCUGGAGAUAGUGUGUCGUAGGCUCCUGGAGCAGGUCAUCAGCUGCAGUGGGCUGCUCCAUACAGCUGGGUUUCCUGAGGAACAGACUGUCACCUGGUUCCAGUUUCACUGCUACCUGCAAAAGCACAGCAUCUCUGACCUGGAGAAGCACCUGGCCCAGCUCACCAAGGAAGUCACACUUGUGGAGGAGCUGAGCUGUGAGGGGCAGGCCAGAGCUGUCAGGAAGCUGAAGGGCAAGCGGCUGGGCCGGCUCCAACCCCUGCCACAGACCCUGCGAGCCUGGGCGCUGCUGCAACUGGAUGGGCCCCCGAAGGUGUGCAGGGCAGCCACUGCCCGCCUGGCUGGCGCUGCCAGGCACAGAAGCUUCCGGGAAAAGGCUCUCCUGUUUUACACCAAUGCCCUGAUGGAGAGCGACGCAAAGCUCCAACAGGCUGCAUGUGUGGCGCUCCAGCAGCUCAGGGGUAUAGAAAGUGUCGAUCAGAUUGCCAGCCUGUGCCAGUCCGACCUGGAGGCCGUGAGAGUGACAGCACGGGAAGCCACACUGUCCUUUGGUGAAAAAGGACGCUUAGCUUUUGAGAAGAUGGAUAAACAUCACUCAGAACAAAGGGAGGUCUUUUGCCAGGAGGCAGAUGUUGAAAUCACAAUAUUUUGAAAAGUCUCAGCUGAUAAGCUCAAAUCUCAUGUGUCUUUCUUUCUUGCUGCUUCCCAGCCUCCACACAGUGCCUGAAGUUUGGGUGGAGCACACUGGGUGCUCCCCCACAAGUGUGCACCAGCCUUUCAGGGCACGUUACAAAGCCUCGGGGCAUGAGCGGUGCUUUUGCAGAGCAGGAAAAGGUGACGACGCAUGGCACUCGGAGAUGUGC